AUGAAUACCAAUCCGGGCGCCGCCGGCCUGUUCCAGGUCUCAGUGGACAAGCCCAAGAUUGACACCUUCGAACACUGUUGGGCCCAAGUGGUCGGUGCCGGACGUGCCAAUGAAGGUCUUCGUGCUGACUGGCAAGCCCAUCUGAAACUUGUACACACUACAUGUGGCUUCAAGUACGUCCGCUUCCAUGGCUUGUAUCACGACGACAUGCACGUGAUUCACGAGGUCGAUGGGAAGCAUGUCUAUAAUUUCCAGUAUAUCGAUGCCCUGUUCGACGCCAUGCUGGAUAUGGGUGUGCGCCCCUUUGUUGAAUUUGGCUUCUGUCCUUCCUUGAUUGCUACCGAAGUGGACACGGUGUUCUGGUGGAAAGGCAAUGGCAGCCCUCCGAAACAGCUCGACCAGUGGAGCGAUCUGGUGCGGGCUACCGUUGAUCACUGGAUCAAGCGUUAUGGUCUGGAGGAAGUCCGGACGUGGUAUUUCGAGUGUUGGAAUGAGGUGAGUGGCGUCUUACUUAGUGGGGGUGAACGUAGGCUAAGAAAUCCGCAGCCAAACCUCCACCAGUUCUUUACAGGAAGCAGGUCUCAGUACUAUGCUCUGUACGAAUGCACAGUCAAGGCGGUCAAGCAGCUUGAUGCAGCCCUCCGUGUCGGCGGGCCAGCCACCAGCAACUUUGUGCCAGACACGCGGUUUGAUCAGGACUGGGAGGACUACGAGGUCCAGAAGCAACUUGAGAAGGUAAACUCAGCCGAGAAGUUCUCGAAAGCAGAGACUCACCGUAACCUGCAGGUCGAGGACAUUGACUCAUUACAUUGGCGGCCAGUAUGGGUCGAGCACUUCCUCCAGUGGUGCUACUCACGACAGCUCCCGGUGGAUUUCGUUUCGUGCCAUCCCUACCCAACAGAUUGGGCCUUGGACACUUCCGGUAAUAUGUCGAAACGCGUGCGGGGACUUCAAGCAACCCCUGAUGAUCUCGCUCAUGUGCGACGGAUUGUGGCCCAGAGCCCCUAUCCAUCGGCUGAGAUCCAUCUCACUGAAUGGAGUUCCAGUCCCUCGUCCAGGGACCAUGCGCAUGACGAAGUUCCGGUGGCGAUCUACAUCGUUCGGACAAUGCUCGCAUCGCUCAAUCUGGUUGACACGAUAGCUUAUUGGACCUUCACGGACGUCUUCGAAGAAGAAGGCUGCGGAGUCAGUCCAUUUCACGGAGGUUUCGGUUUGCUCAACUUGCAGGGCAUUCCCAAGCCUGCCUUCCAUGCCUUUAGGCUUCUGAGUCGUCUCGGAACGGAAGUGUUGGGGCGCGAUGAGAAUGCGGGCAUCAUAACUCGCAAUUCCGAUGGACUUAUCUCCGCUAUCAUGUUCCACUACCCGGCUGGGGUCAAGACCUCUCCGCCACCCGCUUACAAUGAUCCUGAAGCAGCCGAGGAUCUUCUCAGGGUCGGCAGCCCUGAGAAGAGAAAGCUAGUCCUUAAGGCCUUGCCGCCGGGAUCGUCAUUCAGGGUUGAAAGACUAUAUCCCGGGGGCCCUGGCGACGUCAAAACAGCUUAUAGGCGGCUGGGUUCUCCGUCCUCGCUAGGCCGGCAGACGACGAGGGAGCUUCUGGAUUAUGCCAUGCGGCUUGAUGUCUCCUAUAUUCAAGCCGACAGGAACGGUGAGUUGGUUUUAGAAGAGGAGAUGCCGCCUUGGAGCUUAACAGCUGUGUUUCAGCUGAAGGCUGAAAGCUGA